UUGCUUCACCAGGAAAAUGCUACAUUGUGAGAUUACCUCAACUGAACAAAUAUUCCUGAGCAAGAUACUUUUUGUUCGGUAAUUGUCAACUUUAUCUACACUCUUUAUUUUUUGAUACAUUUUUUUAAUUUUGAGGCUAUUUUAAGAGAUUUAAAAGUUCAAAAUUAGGGCCCAAAAUUAUUGGGCAGAAAUAUUUGGUUCCCACCAGCCUCUUGAUUUUCAGAUCAAGCCCUGUUAAAUGCCCUGAAAGUAUAUAUCCCAAUCAAAAUUGUAAAGUCAUCUGUAAUCAGAGGCCGUCAUCUGUUUCAGAGGGUGUCACCUUUGUCAGAGAGUGUCUUCUGUAUCAGAGAAUGUCACCAGUGUCAGAGGAUGGUGUGACUAGUCAAUGGGAUUCAAAGUACAUGUAUUGUCUUACCAAUGGGUUUUCAUAUAUUUCAGGGUCUCUGUGUACCAUACAUGCUUGGAGAGCCACUCUAUCCCCUCCGCGUAAUCCAAUCACUUCCCCUGUUGUAAGCUGCAAUGUGACAUCCUCGACUACAUCUCUCACAAUCAUUGAAAAACUGGUGAGACGAAGAGUCUCUGAUAUUAUGCUAUCUGAAAAAUUGAUUAGAAACAGUGAUAUCCCCAGCAUUAAAGCAAGUGCAGCACCCACCUGAGAUUUUGAAAGCAAGCUUGUACCCCCUGAAAAUCCACUUGCAACCACUUAAAAAUGAGAAAAAUUGGCAUAUUUUAACCAAAUUUGGUCUUGGAAUUGUGAAAUUGUGAAAAUGAGAAUUCAGCC